GUGGCCGACCCCCGUCCGCGCACCAGGGACACGUGGGCGCCCACCUGCCCGAGGCCACGCACUCACCUGGGGCAGCGACGAGCUGCGGCGCCACAUCCCGCACACAGACGAACCCCAACGAGCUGCUGACACGCGGCCAAAGCGCACAGACUCAGAAACGUGGCGCCUCAAGUAAGGACCAGGGCUGAGGCGCACCACAAGGCGCGCCUGCGCCAGCGACGCCCGCACCUGCGCUCUGAGGCCAGGUUCACCAGGAGGCGCCAAGGACGCCUGCGCGUGCGCUCUGAGUCCAGCUCCAAGAGGCGCCAGCGACGCCCGCGCGUGCGCUCUGAGCGCAGCUCCACCAGGAGGCGCCAAUGACGCCCACGCAUGCGCUGAGUACAGCUCACAAGAGGCGCCUGCGACGCCCACGCAUGGUGAGUCCAGCUCCACUAGGAAGCGCCGGCAACGCCCGCACGUACGCUCAGAAUCCAGCCCAGCAAGAGGCGCCAGCGACGCCCACGCAUGCGCUCCGAGUCCAGCUCCACCAGCAGGCGCCAGCGACGCCCACGCAUGCGCUCUGAGUCCAGCUCAUCAAGAGGCACCAGCGACGCCCACGCAUGCGCUCUGAGUCCAGCUCACCAAGAGGCACCAGCGACGCCCACGCAUGCGCUCUCAGUCCAGCUCACCAAGAGGCACCAGCGACGCCCACGCAUGCGCUCCGAGUCCAGCUCCACCAGGAGGCGCCAGCGACGCCCGCGCGUGCGCUCUGAGUCCGGGUUCACCCAGAGGCACCAGCGACGCCUGCACGUGCCCUCUGAGUCCAGCUCCACCAGGAGGCGCCAGCGACGCCCGCGCGUGCGCUCUGAGUCCGGGUUCACCCAGAGGCACCAGCGACGCCUGCACGUGCCCUCUGAGUCCAGCUCCACCAGGAGGCCCCAGCGACGCCCACGCAUGCGCUCUGAGUCCAGCUCACCAAGAGGCACCAGCGAUGCCCACGCAUGCGCUCCGAGUCCAGCUCCACCAGGAGGCGCCAGCGACGCCCGCACGUGCGCUCUGAGUCCAGGUUCACCCAGAGGCACCAGCGACGCCUGCACGUGCCCUGUGUACAACAUAAUGAUUCAACAAUUCUCUACAUUACUCACUGCUCACCAAAGAAGUAUAGUCACCAUCUGUCAUUAUACAUUAUCAUAAUUGUAUUGAUUAUAUUCCCUAUACAGUACUUUUCAUCUCCAUGAUUUAUUUAUUUUGUAACUAGAAGUUUGUACUUCUUAAUGCACUUCACCUAUUUCGCCCAUUCCCUACCCACCUGACCAAGAAUCAGUUAAACACUGGAAAAAGAGUUGCAUUCAAAAGGACAAGAAAAGCAGACCAAAAACAACAACAACAAAAAACCCUAAGAGAGAAAAGAGUUCAGAACCUAAAUGAAGAAAAAUUCAACAUUCUACUGAGAAACAUACAAAAUAAAUACUAGAAGGAUAUAUCUUAUU